GGGUCAUUUUCGGUUGCCGUCGGCGGGCUCGGUUUCCCUUCGGAAGAUUCCCGCCAUUCCCGCGGGAAGGGACGGGAAGGAGACGGGAAAGGCGAGAGGGGAAAACGGCCGCCCUCGGCCUGACCGGCUCCAGGAGGAAGAUGGCAGAGAGCCUGCCUCCAGACUCCUCUGAGGAGGCCCUUCUGGUCACUCAAAACUUCAAGAUCCCAAAGAAGGAGAUAAACAUGGUUCCAGACAUGGGGAAGUGGAAACGUUCUCAGGCCUAUGCAGAUUACAUUGGCUUCAUCCUCACCUUAAACGAAGGGGUGAAAGGGAAGAAGUUGACCUGUGAUUACAAAGUCUCCGAGUCCAUCGACAAGCUGAUCGCGCUUCUGAACACCCUGGACCAGUGGAUCGAUGAGACCCCUCCAAUGGACCAGCCUUCCCGGUUCGGCAACAAGGCCUUCAGGACCUGGUAUUCCAAGCUGGAUCAGGAAGCAGAAAGGUUAGUGGCCGCCGUCGUCCCCAAACAUCUGGAGGCAGCGGUACCCGAAGUGGCCGUUUACCUGAAGGAGUCGGUGGGGAACUCCACCCGCAUCGACUACGGCACAGGGCACGAAGCUGCCUUUGCCGCCUUCCUCUGCUGCCUCUGCAAGAUUGGAGUCCUCCGAUCUGAGGACCAAAUGGCCAUCGUCUUCAAAGUGUUUAACCGGUACCUGGAGAUCAUGAGGAAGCUCCAGAAAACCUACCGGAUGGAGCCGGCCGGAAGCCAAGGAGUGUGGGGUCUGGAUGAUUUCCAGUUUCUGCCCUUCAUCUGGGGCAGUUCUCAGCUGAUAGAGCACCCAAACCUGGAGCCCCGCCACUUUGUGGAUGAGAAGGCCGUGAAUGAGAACCACAAGGACUACAUGUUCCUGGAGUGUAUCCUGUUCAUAACCCAGAUGAAGACCGGCCCCUUUGCCGAGCACUCCAACCAGCUGUGGAACAUCAGCGCGGUACCCUCCUGGUCCAAAGUGAACCAGGGCCUCAUCCGCAUGUACAAAGCCGAGUGCCUGGAGAAGUUCCCCGUGAUCCAGCACUUUAAGUUCGGCAGCCUGCUGCCCAUCCAGCCCGUGUCAUCCUAAGAGAGGCCGGGACCAGCGCCCGCCAUCCGGGAGGCGACCAGCUCAUCACCCGCCCUGCUCCGGUGCCACGGCCCCCUCCGCCCCUUCUGUUUUCUCUCUUUCCACGGGUCGGUCGGUUCGAGGCGGGGGAUAGGGGCCCCAGCACGAGGGCUACAGGACCCCGGCGGGAGAAGCGUCCGAAGUUCGACCGGUCGUACGGCUCUGGCGGCAGGGUCUCUGAGGCCUCCAUCCCCUCCCCUUGACCACCCUGCCUCGCCUCUCCGGGAGGGUCCGCACCCCUACCCCGUUUCACGUGCUGAGCCCUCUCUGGGCCGUGCGGGCGGGGAGUGACCCGUUCUGCUUUUCCAAUCAGUUUCUCCCCGUCUCCCGUUGCCGUCCCGAGUGUUGAGGAGCGGUUUCUCACGCUAGGGUGGGAAAGCCUUUGGUCAUGCCUGGAAGCCAACACCUCAGAGUGCCCGGGGACCAGGGUUUUCCUAGGGCACAAGAACGAGGAAUAUUAGCGGGGAAGGAGAAACCCCGGCUAGCCCAGGCCCCCUGUUCCCACGACUGCUGCCGGAGAUGAGCCGUUUGCCGUCCCUGUGAGAAUCCGUCGCUGGCGAGCACUAAGGUGCGUUCUUAGCUCCUUCCUCUGGGCAGAGGGAGGGCUUCCUGCUCACCCUCCUCCUGGCCCCUGCACUGUCUCCUCACUCUCUUCGCCGGCUCCCCGUAGAGCAGCCCAGCCAUUGCCCUGGCUUUAGCAAUUUCCCUUAGGGAGAGGGAGUUGGCAUUUAGGGGGCAAGGAAGGCUCUGCCCUGGCCUUCCUCUCCUCAGACCUGACCGUCAACCACACAGGAGAUGGUACCACGCUUACAGUACAACAUCUUUCCCUUUGCCAGAGGGGCAGGGCAGAGCCAAACGGGAUCACCGGAGGCCCAGGCUCCACUUUUCCAUGAGUGGCACCCUGGUCUAGCUCCAGCCUCCUUACAGCUAGUACUCUGAUAACCCAGCUCUGUCUCUCUCGUAGCCCGGCAGGAGAGAGGGCUAGGGGUGGGUACGGCCUCCCUUUGGGUCUAGAGUGAGGGAGGGGACCACAACCAGGAGUCUUUCUGCCAUGCCCUCCCCCGAGGAGGCGGUGCUGGGGAGAGGGCAGGUAUUCAGCUCUGCCAACUGGCUUUUGGUGGGGGAAAGGGAAAGGCUCUUCAGGGGUUCAGUGCUUGGGUUUCCGGUCUGGAACAAGCGAGGUGGGCACAGGGUGGGAGCAGGCUGAGUUCCAAGUUUCCUUCCAGUGCUCUUUCUGGAGCUGGGCUUCCCAGUCUUUCCCUCACCAGCGCCCCUUCUCCAUUAAACUAUUUAAAAGUGUU